CUUUCUCUAAAAAGAAAAGAAAAGCCCUUGUUGGAUCCUCCGCCUCCAUAAUCUGUGAGUCCAUAAAAUUAGCCAAGAUUCGGGGCGGUCGAUAACAGAUUUUAUUAAUUCCCCAUUAUUGAUUAUAGUCUAGACUCUCUCUAGAGUAGUGUGGGUGUGGGAUUUUAUAUCCAUUUCUAAACCCUACCGAAUCUUUUCUUGCAAAAUUACCACCUUCACCUCACCUACCGCUUCUCCUCACCUACCGCCGCCGUCGUCAAGAAUGUAAGGGUUGGAGGGAGAUAAAGAAAGAACUGAGAAAUUAAGGGGUUCUGUUUGUUUUUUAAUUUUGGAAAUCUAAUGGGUGGUGGAGGAAAAAUUCAGUCUUUAGAGUUUAAGAGCAAUGGGGUUUUAUCAGAUUCUCAAUUAGGGCUUCAAUGGAACAACCAAGAUUGCAACCUUUAUCCCGGUGGUGGCUUGUUUGCGUCUGUGAGUCAAGUGGGAAACAACGACAAUGGCGGUUUUAAAUUACCUUAUGCCGAUUUGCUCGGGAAGUAUGUUUCACUGCCCGAGGGUUUUAAGGUGUCGGAGGAGGAAAAGGGGUUGACGAAUAAGAAGAAGAAAAAUAAUGGGCUUAAGCUGAAGAUUAAGAUUUCGAAUCCUUCAUUGAGGAGGUUAUUCAGCGGUGGAAUUGCUGGUGCGAUUUCAAGAACUGCAGUUGCUCCAUUAGAGACAAUUAGGACUCAUUUGAUGGUGGGGAGUAGUGGGCAUUCCACUUCUGAGGUGUUCCAGGAUAUUAUGAAAACCGAGGGGUGGCCGGGUUUGUUUAGGGGUAAUCUUGUCAACGUAAUUCGAGUUGCGCCUAGCAAAGCCAUUGAGUUAUUUGUUUACGACACCGUGAACAAGAAACUGUCACCAAAAAACGGCGAACAGCUCAAAAUACCCAUCCCUCCUUCUCUAGUUGCCGGCGCCUGUGCUGGAGUCACCUCAACUUUGGUCACGUACCCUCUUGAAUUAGUCAAGACUCGUUUAACCAUACAGAGAGAAAUUUAUACCGGUCUAGUCGAUGCAUUCGUGAAAAUAAUAAAAGAGGGUGGCCCAGGCGAGCUCUACAGAGGCCUCGCUCCAAGUAUAAUCGGUGUAAUCCCAUACGCUGCAACAAACUAUUGUGCCUACGACACAUUGAGAAAAGUGUACCGAAAAGUAUCCAAGCAAGAAAAGAUUGGCAAUAUAGAAACCCUAUUGAUUGGUUCGUUAGCUGGUGCUAUUUCGAGCACUGCUACUUUUCCUUUGGAAGUGGCUCGUAAGCACAUGCAGGUUGGUGCAGUGAGUGGAAGAGUGGUGUACAAGAAUGUUCUACAUGCUCUUGCAACUAUACUCGAAAGAGAAGGCGUACAAGGUUUGUAUAAAGGGCUUGGACCGAGCUGUCUGAAAUUGGUUCCUGCUGCUGGGAUUUCUUUCAUGUGUUAUGAAGCUUGUAAGAAGAUUUUGGUAGAGAAAGAGGAAGAAGAGUAGGUGGGCAUGCGAUAAUGGAUUACAAAUUUUUGGCAUUUUUUAUACAACUUUUUUUUUUUUUCGGUUUAAUUUUCGCCAUUCGGAAGUUUUGAUUGGGAUUUUUUUGGAGACAGUGGAGUUUUGGAUUAGAGUUGAUUAUGUUAUUUUAUCAAACAAUUAAUGUUUUUUA